UAUACAUGCAUUUACUGUUCUCUUUUGUGAAUACAAACGGAGAGAAGAAUACUCAGAAAAAUAUCCAACUGGAGGAGCAUUCAUUCCAUUCAUCGUUUUUGUCUACUGAACGAAUGCAUGAAGUCCAAAAACUCGGAGUAGUGACUGAGUGAAACAUCAUUUGCUUGUAAAUACACACACACACACACAUACAUGAAGGCGGAGAAAUAAAACCAAUAACAUACAUGCAUAUAUAAAUACUUAUAUACAGUUAUACAUACAUAUAUGCAAACAUUCAUAUACACACAUAUAUAUUUGUGUACGAAAUUUGCAGCGUCAUUUCUGAUACAUACGAAUAUUGUAUCAUGUUUUGCCUUCCAUAGAUUUCUUUGAAAAAAAAAAUUAAAACUAGAAACAAAAAAAAAAAAAUGAAAUUUCAUGCUUUUUCACAAAACUGUUAUAAUGAUUCAUAUCACGAAGUAGAAGAAGAAGAAAUUAUGUGCGAAGCAAACGAUAUUCCGCGAGAUUACACGUGGUUAGAACUCAAAGAAUCGGAUAGUCUUUGGGGAGAGAACCUAGAUAUGGUUGCCUGCUUUUGCAACUGCCAAGAUAUCUGUUCUGGUGACUGCAACAAAUACAACGAAAUUUAUUGCACAAAUGAUUACAGCAACGACAGCAGCAAUAAUGAAAACUGCAAAAAUACCGAUAAAAUUAUCGAGAAUGGUUCUGAAGACAGUGAAUCCGUAGAACUUAGUGGAAGCAACAGAAUUAGUCAUCAUGCUUUGGCGACAAUGUCUAAAGGACAUUCUACUCCGAGUGGUGCGUUUAACUAUCCGGUCUUUUUUUAUACGAAAUCUUCCCCGGUUAUUUGGGGAUCAGAAAGUACGGCUUCUCCUGAUAAACCAUCGUCUGUCGAUCAAACAAAGCUUACAGCGAAUACGCAACCUCAACGAGUUCGUCACAUCAAACAACGAUUUCAGCAACAUCACUGCAGUCAUUGCCCAAAGAACGCUGAAAAUAUAACCACAGCAGCAACAACAACAGCAACGACAACAAUAGCAACAACUGCAGCGACGACGACGACGACGAAAACGACUACAACAAAAGCAACAGCAAUAUCACCUAAACGCCAAUCUUCAGGUCUUCCAAAGACGUAUGCUUCGGAUGAAGCUAAAAUUGUCGAAAAUAAGCUCGUCAAGGAUGUUACACGUACAAAUUCAUCGUCGCAGAUCAAGAACGGAACUACAUGUGUGAGUAAACGGAAGUAUGUAAGUAUAGUGCCAAAUAAUACCGUAUCGACGAAAUCUGGUGCCAGUGACGAGAAACUGGUUAAGUCUUGCAAUUCUUCCAGAGACAACGAAACAUUUGAAGGAGGAAAGGACGUGUUGAAAAAGCGUAGAAUCGCGGCCAACGCUCGUGAACGACGGCGCAUGAGCAGUUUGAAUGUGGCUUUCGACAACCUGCGAGCUGUGGUGCCGGCUCACGGGAAAAUGUCCAAGUAUGAUACGUUGCAAUUAGCGCAGGUUUACAUAUUGAAACUUCGCGAAAUUCUUGAAGUGUGAAAAAAAAAAUAUUGUCAGCUAAAAACGGUAAGGAAUACGAAAACAGCAGCAACAACAACAGCAACAACAUCAGCAGCAGCGGAAGGUAAGCUGUAUGAAUUGACUGUUAACUAAAGUAUAUUUUGUCACCAUGCCCAUCACACUGACAUUGGAUUGGCAGUGAGACUAACAGCAAUAACAACAAAACUCACAGAUAGAAAGAAAGAUAAAAGAAAGAAUGAAAGAAAGUUUUAUACAAUAUUAAUGUGUACAAAAGAAUUUACUUUGUUUUAACGAUGAAAGGACGAUAAAUCAACGCAAUCGGUUGACCAUCGAGCAAAAUACUUCACGGGUAUAUCCGUAUAUAUAUUAUAGUUCAUUUUCUGCCAGAAGUGAUUUUCUCCCUUUCAUCUUGCCUUGGUCAAUAAUCUAAAGAACAAUCAAGUCACCGAAGAGGCAAUCCUCUCAAAACUGUGUGGUCUUGUGCUUGUAACAAAAGUCACUAUUUUUAAGGAUUACACGAAAGACAUUCACAAGCAAUCAUUAACCAUUUGUCGCCAUAUUUCUGUUGAAACACACUGCCUUUGUUUCGAUUGGUUUUUGAAAUUUAGUAAAAUAACUUCCUCGAUAUAACACUAAUGUUUGGAUGGAACAUAUCAAGAUGAAAUUUUAAUGGAAAUUUUUUAUUUACAUCACUUAAACCAUUUUGUUAUUAUAUUUCUGUUUGAAAUACACCGCUUUUGUUUCAAUGAAGUUUGAUAAUAAUGAACAAUUUAAUAAAAUAACUUUGUCAUUAUUAAACUGGAGUUUAAAAUCUAAAUUAACAAGAAAUUUUGAAGGAAGAAGCUUUUCAUUUGGAUCGCUUGAAAUUUUUUGUUAACAUAUUUCUGUUGAAAUACGUUGGUUUUGUUUCAAUUAAUUUUGAAAUUAAUGACGAGUUUAGUCGACGUAAAUUUAUCGUCAUUAGGUUGGUGUUUGGAACAGCAAGUAACAUGAAAUUUUGAUGGAAGGUCUUUAGAUCAAUUAAAAAGAGGAACUUUGUAUCAUAGAACCAGAGAAUGUUGUUAGGUGAAUUACAGAUCACACGAGGCUGAUAGAGUUACAUAAUAUUCAAUAAAUGCACAACUGUGUGUUUGUCUCUCAGAAACUUCUAUAAUUCGUCCAAACAGUUCACAUAUGGAAUAUGAUACCUGCGAUAUGGGAUGUGUGCAACCUGACUUAAUCUGAUAUCUAGAGAUUCCAUUAAUUAUUCAAUAUGAACUUUAUCAGGUAUUCUAACUAAUAAUGGACUUCACUGGAAUAACCAACGUAGUAUACCCUGUGUAACUCGCAGUGAUGAUUAAUAUUCAAUUUGGCCUCCUAUUCAGCAAUGUUGUAAAUAUUUCAACAGUGACCACAUGGUGUACAUCAGUCCAAGCUAUGAUAGUAACUAAAAUAACAAUGAAACAUUAGCUACAUGAAUAGACAUUAUCACCAAGCUAACUUUUGUGACACCAUGCGAGACAGUUUUUUUUUUCUGCCGCAGUCUGUACAUCAAUUUGAAUCAAAUAAUGUUCAACAUAAAUCGUAUCCAAUAUGAACUAAUCUCAUAUCCUUUUCAACGUAGAUCCUUGUGGAAUAACCAAUGUCUUAUAUCUUUUUUAAUAUAAUUUGCAGUGAUAAUGGAUAUUCAAUAUGACCUAAGUGUGAUAAUUAUUAUACAGGUUGUAGCAAAAAAAAAACCUCCUUUCCGCUAUUCUCGAUCAUUGUUUCAAUAAUACGCAAAUGAUGUACCUAAAAAGAAAAAAAAAACGAUAAAAUAUUAGCUACAUGAAAACACCAUUCCUGACUGCCGAACUUCACUACCGCCACAUCAAUGGCCUUGCAAAAUAUGGGAGAAGAAUUGUCUGUCGCACUCUUUAAGUCGACCCGGAUCGAAUGUAUAAAAAAAAAACAAAAAAAAACAGAAAAAGAAAUUACUCGCCGUAAUUUCAUAUUAUAAACGGAUUAAUAAUCCUAAUCUCAUAUCCUGCCCAACGAGGAUUGUCUUGAAACGUAUUAUAUCCAAACGUGUUAUAUCUUAUAUAGUUCCCUCAGUGUGAUAUUUAAUAUAACCAACUCGACCAAGUAUUGAACUUCUCUCAUUAAGAGGACAACAUCCACCAAUGACUUACUUUCGUAUUCAACAUGACUCAAUACAAUGAUAUGCUGCGAGUUCAAUUUACAGUGAUCCUUUCUCUCACAUACAAAUCGAUGUGGUAUCUCGACAGGACUGUAAACACUCCUCCCUUCCAUGUAAUACUAUAUACUGAUAUCUAUCAUAUCAGAUAUAUUCAUCAAUUUGAUAUCCAAUUUCAGGGAAGUUAUUUAAUCUGAAAAUGUUAUACGGAUAUAGUUACGUCUCUCUAUUUUCUGCUGACUUCAAAUCUUAACAAAGGUUAAUUGUAUUUUUCAAUUUUCAGAAGAUCAAUGAAAUAUAGUACCAGUUAUACACGAGGAAUGUUAUUUAUAAUAGACUAUACUUUCCACACUUCGCCGCCACUGUUAAAUCUGUGGCGUUGCACCAUUGUUUGAAAUCAUUAAAUUAAUAUUCAAUGCCAUUAAGUCUGCGAGCUGGCAAAGUCGUUAGCACGCCGGGCAAAAUGCUUAGCGGCAUUUCGUCUGUCAUUACGUUCUGAGUUCAAAUUCUGCCGA